AUGUCAGAUGUCUACUUGGCUAGCAACAUCCUCCUCUUUCCCGACGAAAUCUUACAUGAAAUCCUGCUGAGAUCGCCUGGCAAAUCCGUAGUGAGAUGCAGCGCAGUGUGCAAAUCAUGGAACUCUCUCGUCAACUCCUUCAUUCGCCACCCCCACACUCGCUUCCCAUCCAAUCACCGCCACAACGACGACGUUCAGCUCCUUUUCCUGCAGGUUUACGAACCCUACAAGAUCCACGUCAAAAGAAGAGUGCAUUACGUGUUGUAUCUAGAUGACUCUGCACGUGAUGAGCAUACCAAGCUUACGAGCCCGUUCGUAGCUUACAACAACACCCGCACUUGCCCCGAGAAAAAAAAAGUUUUAGAUGGGGAUGUGGAUGUGGUUGGAACUUGUAACGGGCUCGUAUGCAUGGUUCCUCAUGAUGAUGAUGAUGGUGGCAUUGACUUUGCUGCAAUCAUUUGGAACCCCUAUAUUAGAAAGUUGGUGGUUUUACCUAAGACGGGCCUUGCCGUGGCCAAAAAUAUUAAAGGAAUAAGAUAUGCCUUUGGUUAUGAUUCUUGCACCAACGACUAUAAGGUUUUGAGAUGUGUGAACUAUAAGUCCUUACACAACGGCGAUAAGACUUUGAAAUUUAGGAACUAUGUGUCCUUCCGCAAACCACCUACUUUUCACGUUGAGAUUUGGUCGUUAGCCACAGGCUCCUGGAAGAGUCUUAUUGCUGCUGAUGAUGAUGAUAUUAUCCCUGUCAACUUUUAUCCCGAGCUCUUCACUAGAUCACGUGUUGUGUGUGUCAAUGGCGCUCUGCAUUGGCUCCAAACUCGUCGCCACCUGAACGGCGUCUCGGAGCUCUCAGAGUAUUUGGUUGCGUGGUUUGAUAUGGCAAAGGAGAUAUUUGGUGAGACAAUGGUGCCAGAAGCUUUGAGGAAAAAAUUACACUUUCAAUCGGGACGAGAGUGGUUUAUUUCAAGAUACAGAGAGACCAUUGCCCUUGUCAAGAUUCGUAACUACAGAUUUCCGAGGGGUGAUUGUGUUCAGAUUUGGGUGAUGGAAGAGUAUGGUGUGGCGGCGUCUUGGGCUAAGUUAUUUACCGUGCAGCUCCAAAAUGUUUUUGUGUUGGCGCCACUUGGUCUUAAAAAUAGCGGCGUGCUUGGUUUCAGAAAGAAUGGUGAAGUGGUGCUUCGUGAUGUUGGUGAUGGAGUUCGAUUGCUGGACCCCAAGUCUGAACAAGUUAGUGAUUUUCUAAUUGAUGGGAGCUGCUGUUGCUUGAACUUUGUGGAUUCCUUUGUGGGGAGCUUUGCCUUGUAUUGCCAACCCAAUGCUAUUUCAUACUAG